AAGAAACUAGUAACUAGUAAAGUAAUUAUCAUCUGAUCAGGAGGUCAUUCGUUCAAAUCGCGAAAACAAACUCUUAUAGAAAUACAGAUAAAAUUACAUAUUAUAAACUUUUGUUGUUCGAUCUUUCUCCAAACCACCUCGCACAUAGCGUAAACGUCAAUAUUGAUUCUUCUCCAAGUCACCUCUCACAUAGCUUAAAGUUAAUAUACCAUACUAUCCUCCUUUUUUUUUUUUUUUCAAAUGAGAUGUCAAAUUUCACGAGUUAAUAUUUUCAAUUUUGAUUAUUACUUUAAAAUUUUAAAAUAAAAUUUAUAUACUUAAAAAUUACGUUAAAAUUAAUUAUUGUCACGAAAAUUAGGACAGAGAAUAAAAAAGAAAAAAAAGAAGUAAAUAGGUGCUCCAUUUUUAUAGCAUAAAAUAUAUAUUGUGUCCAAAUUGGUAAUCGAAAAGCCGCCAGCACCGCCACCUUCCGCCGCCGCUUUUUCCGAUUACCCAAUUUGGUUUGCAUCGGAGAAGAAGAAGAAGAAUCUUCUAGAAGAAUCAUCAUCAUCAUGACUUACGCUAUUCACCUUCUUCGUCACUCCAAUAAGAUCAGGAGUUCUUCAAACUUAAUACGGCAUGAUUCUUCUAGUCUUGUCCGCUGGUUCAGUAAUGGCACGAGGGAGAGACGCAACAUUUCGGAGUCCUUCAAUAGAUGCAAAUCAAGUUCAGCGGUCUCCAACAACAGUUGUAGAGCAGUAUCUCCCACGGUGUCAUUUGUAAAUGCUCCGGGAACUGCAAUUGCUCCAUGCCCCUCCACCGCUAGCAUGCAUUUCAUGAGAAGCUCGUCAGGAUCACAAGUGCUUUCAAGGAGGGGUUUCUCCUCUGCUUCAGAUCUUCCUCCACACCAAGAGAUUGGCAUGCCCUCUCUUUCACCUACAAUGACAGAGGGAAAUAUUGCCAGAUGGUUAAAGAAAGAGGGUGAAAAAGUUUCUCCUGGUGAAGUGCUCUGUGAAGUGGAAACAGAUAAAGCAACAGUGGAGAUGGAGUGCAUGGAAGAGGGAUAUCUAGCUAAGAUUCUUCGCGGAGACGGAGCAAACGGUAUCAAAGUUGGAGAGGUGAUCGCUAUAACCGUUGAAGAGGAAGAUGACAUUGCAAAAUUUAAAGAUUACCAGCCUUCUACAUCAGUUGCUACGCCUUCACCAAAAGCUCCUGCUUCUCCACCUCCUCCUCCCAAAGAAGAGGUUGCCGAGAAACCUGUCACCCCAUCAGAGCCAAAAGUUUCUAAACCCAGUGCGCCUCCGGCAGAUCGCAUUUUUGCUAGUCCGCUGGCUAGGAAAAUUGCGGAAGAUCAUAAUAUACCUCUCUCAAACAUCAAAGGAACAGGUCCUGAGGGACGUAUUGUGAAAGCUGAUAUUGAUGAUUAUCUUGCUUCACGCGGAAAGGAAGCCCCUGCAGCAGCUUCCAAGGCUGACACAUCUAUAGAUUACGCAGAUAUUCCUGUUGCACAGAUAAGAAAGGUGACAGCUUCUAGGUUGCUGUUGUCAAAGCAAACCAUUCCCCAUUACUAUUUGACUGUUGAUACAUGCGUCGACAAACUCAUGGAAUUGAGGAGCAAGCUCAAUUCGUUGCAAGAGGCUUCAGGAGGGAAGAAGCUAUCUGUUAAUGAUCUUGUAAUAAAGGCUGCUGCUUUGGCUCUUCGGAAAGUUCCUCAGUGCAACAGUUCAUGGACCAAUGACUACAUUCGUCAGUAUCACAAUGUAAAUAUCAGUGUGGCUGUGCAAACUGACAAGGGACUUUAUGUUCCCGUCGUGAAGGAUGCUGAUAAGAAAGGUUUAUCCACUAUUGCCGAGGAAGUGAAGAACUUGGCCCAGAAAGCAAAAGAUAACAGCUUAAAACCACAGGAUUAUGAGGGUGGGACAUUCACCGUCAGCAAUUUGGGAGGGCCUUUUGGCAUUAAACAGUUCUGUGCCAUCAUUAACCCUCCACAAUCAGCCAUCCUAGCAGUUGGAUCUGCCGAGAGAAGGGUGGUUCCAGGAUCGGGCCAAGACCAGUACAAGUUUUCCAGUAUGAUGUCUGUAACAUUGAGCUGUGAUCAUCGGGUUAUUGAUGGUGCAAUUGGUGCAGAAUGGCUCAAAGCAUUCAAAGGCUACAUAGAGAAUCCAGAGUCCAUGUUACUGUAGAUUGAUACUUCCCCUUUUUUUGGCCGAUCCUUUGAAAUCUUCACAUUUUCGUCAACAAAUGGUUGUACUUGGAUGUGUGAUAAAAUGGGAUUUUACGUGCCAUAGCCUGAUCUUAUUGUUUGAUAUAAGCAUCUUUAUUAGGGAAAGUGGCUGAACAACUUGGUAAUAAAUGAGGCUGCAAGGCUAAUGUACCAUUGAUUUAGGCUUUUCGUUCGCGCAGAGUGUAAACUCCGGAUUUUUUGCUCGAGAUCAUUGAGUUGAUUAUCUGUCUGUAAUAGAUGGUAUACUUUCUGUAAAUUCAUUUUUCUUCCAAUAAGAUUCACUAAUCUCUUAUAA